GUAACACCCUCAAAAUCACGCUCAGACACCCAGCCCUUUUCAAACGGCCAGCAGCAACCUCCAUAUAAUGAGAAGAACUCAACGGCGUCGCGUGAAAGAUAUUGACGUGAGAGUUGCACUUCAAGGGAGGCGCCCUGUCUAAACUUACAUCAAACUUUGGUGACGCGUUUGCACUAGAGCAGGGUCGUUUUCGUGCGUGGUUAGACUAAAGUCGUGGUUACAACUGUUUAGAAAAAAAUAGUUUUAAUCGAUAAAUAUAAAUUAGUGCAUAGUCUUUUGUGGAAAUUAUAGAACCGAGAUUAAACUGGUGUUAGUUGGGUUUUAUUUUCACAAAGAAAAAGAAAAUAUUUGUUGGAUUAAUUUGCGUUCUUUUCUCCUUGUUGGAUUAAAGAUACAGUGGAAUAUUUCAGCACUGAAUAAUUACCCGGAGAAGUAAGAGAGGUGAAUCUCUGGAAAGAGUUAUUUGGGUUUUUUUAAAUUGUGAACUGGUGAAAACAAGUCAUUAUCUGAUUAUUUGGACGGUGGAAUAGCCAAGGCCCUUUCGACUUUUUAGGAAUACCAAGACACUUGUUGGAGAAGUUGUCAGAGUGUGCAGCAAGUUUCGAUCAUGGCAACAUGCUGCAAAGUGGCAGUUAUUGUUGUGAAUGUACUUAUGUUGUUAGUUGGCCUGGUGUUCCUGAUAGUCGGCGCGUGGACGUACCUGGACCGAGAAGAUGUCCUCUACCUGAGCAAAGUCAACGACGACGCCACCUACUCUGACGUGGAACUUCCCGGUUUUCUGGAAGUUGUGGCGGCUGUUGCGAUCGCGUCCGGCGGUUGUAUGGUGGUGUUGUCCAUCCUGGGGCUGUGUGGAGCUGGCAGAAACUCCAGGUGUCUUCUGGCGCUGGUCCCCAAGACUUGUUGCAAACUGGACAAAAGCAGAUACAUCCACGACAGAGUAUACGUGCACUCAGUGGAUGAAAGAUGUGGCCAUAAACCCUUCUCCAACAACAGUCAUAUUGACAAGCCUUGCUUCGAGGACAUUAAAGGCUGGAUAAACGAGACAGUGUACAUGCUCCUGGUGUCGUCUGCUGUAGUCGCCGGCGUGCAG